AUGGGCGAGCUCAGAGAGUUUAUCCUCGACACCAAGAUGCCCCAGAACAUCAGCAACCUCGACCAACGCCAGCAACAGAACCAGAGCCAGGAGCAGCUUCAGUACUGGACCCGCCGCUAUCCGAACCGGCCUCCAUCCAACAUCAACACCUUGGAGAUGACCCUCCGAUCGGGACUUGCUGCGCUGGAGACGCUUAUCAAGCUGACAGAGUUGUCGGUCUAG